AUGAAUUCGACUGCCGCGGCAAUGCCCAAAGCUGCGGCUAUCCCCGCUCGUCUGUUGCGGACUUCACGACAAUGCUCAAAUCAGACCCCAGCGAACAAAGUUCGAUCAUCGACUUAUAUUCGAACCUACCACGUCUCGACAAUCGCAUCCUCCGGGAAUCGUUCGCGUGAUGGCGUCUAUGCUAGGAGAUUCCCUUCAAUCGUCUCGGCAAGGGGCUUUCACACGACUGCAGCUCUGGCUGCUGUUCCCGAUCCUUACAAGGUUUUAGGAGUGGAUAGGAAUGCUUCAGCAGGAGACAUCAAGAAGGCUUACUAUGGAUUGGCGAAAAAAUAUCAUCCGGAUACCAACAAAGAUCCAAACGCCAAGGAAAAAUUUGCGGAAGCUCAGUCGGCCUACGAACUACUAUCCGACGCGAAAAAGAGAGAGACUUACGACCGGUUUGGUUCCGCUGCAUUCGAUCAAAAUGGCGGCUUCGAUCCCAACGCCGCAGCUGGUGGUAACCCGUUCGCCGGUGCUGGUGGCUUUCACGGGUUUGGUGGGGGCUUCCCCGGCGGUUUUGCUGCUGAUAUCAAUUUCGAGGAUCUAUUCGGUGCUUUCACGGGCGGCGCACGUCGGAGCGGCCGGGGCAGACGCGGCCCUUUUCAGGAGAUUUUGGUAGGCGAGGACAUCGAGGUCCAGACCAAUAUCUCUUUCAUGGAGGCUGCGAAAGGUACAUCAAAAGAUGUUGUCAUCACGCCCUUAACUGAAUGCGGUACUUGUAAAGGGGAUGGCCUGAAAGAGGGUGCCAAGCGGUCUCAAUGUCGCCAGUGCAACGGCUCUGGCACUCGUGUGCACUUCAUGCAGGGUGGUUUCCAGGUGGCAGCCACUUGUGAUGCUUGUGGAGGAGCAGGCAUGAUCGUUCCUCGGGGUUCUGAAUGUGGUACUUGCAGAGGCAACGGAGUCGUUCGGGACAAGAAAACUAUUACGGUUGACAUCCCUGGCGGUGUUGAGGAUGGCAUGCGGUUGAGGGUGGCAGGCGAAGGAGACGCGCCUCCUACAGGAACGCAAGCCGCCCCUGGUGCUCGCACUCAACGAGGCGAUCUUUACGUUUCUAUUCGGGUCGCGCCUGACCAUCGCUUCAGUCGCUCCGGUUCCGACAUCCUCUACACUGCUUCCAUUCCCCUCACCACUGCUCUGCUCGGCGGUGAAGUGACCAUACCCACUUUGGAUGGCGAAGUGAAAGUGAAGGUAGCCACUGGAACUGGCACCGGCGAUCGGAUUACGCUCUCCGGGAUGGGCAUGAAGAAGCUGGGAGGUCGGGCCAGAGGGUACACGCCCACAGGUGACCUGAAGGUUGAGUUCAAGGUUGCCAUGCCAAAGUACUUGACGGCCAACCAGCGCACUAUUCUGGAAGUCCUCGCCGAUGAGAUGAACGACAAGACUGCCCGACGGACGAUGAAUAUCGGGAAAGACAGCCCUCCCUCAGAUACUGGCAACGCCCCCAACGAGUCCAAUAAGAACGAAGGUUUCCUCAAGUCCGCCUGGCACAAGCUCAUGAAUAGCACAAAGAACGGCGACGGUGGAAACUCUGCCAGCAAUCCAAGCAAGAAAGACCCCCCGCUCCGAGCGAUCAUCACCAUGGUUCAGUCUCCGAUGCUGUCAUGUCCGUUAAAGCAGACAAACGAGAUCGAUUGGAUUCGGCCUCUGAAGGAUUAUAUUAGACAGAGUUACGGGGAAGACCCGGAACGAUACAACCAAGAAUGCGCAACCCUCAACCGCCUACGACAGGACAUGAGGGGUGCUGGAAAGGACAGCGCGACGGGCCGCGAUCUACUAUACCGGUAUUAUGGGCAGCUUGAGCUUUUGGACUUGAGGUUUCCCGUCGAUGAGAAUCACAUCAAAAUCUCCUUUACAUGGUAUGAUGCUUUUACCCACAAACCGACCUCUCAGUACUCGUUGGCCUACGAAAAGGCGUCGAUUAUUUUUAACAUUUCCGCCGUCCUCUCAUGUCAUGCAGCCAACCAGAACCGCGCAGAAGAGAGCGGGUUGAAAACCGCAUACCAUUCCUUCCAGGCAUCAGCAGGGAUGUUCACAUACAUCAACGAGAACUUCCUACACGCCCCUUCGACCGACCUUAACCGGGAGACGGUCAAGACAUUGAUCAACAUUACACUUGCUCAGGCGCAGGAGGUCUUCCUCGAGAAACAAGUGGCGGACCAAAAGAAAACUGGAUUUCUCGCCAAGCUGGCCAGCCAGGCGGCUUAUCUUUACUCGCAGGCCGCUGAAGGAAUUCAGGAGUAUGCCAAGGGUGUCUUUGACAAGUCGUGGGCCAUCGUUGUGCAAGCGAAAGCGGCUCACAUGGCGUCGGUAGCUUCGUAUUAUCAAGCUUUGGCGGACAGUGAGAGCAACUCCCACGGGGUUGCUAUCGCGAGGCUGCAGCUGGCUGACAAAAACUCAAGUGCAGCAAUGGGAUGGGCCAAGUCGUUCCCGACAUCGGUCGCGCCCAACUCAAACCUGACUUCCGAGUCGGGGGCCAAUCUCAUUGACACCAUUAAAUACCACCAGGCGAAUGUGCAGGCCAAACUGGUCACCUUUGUGAAGGACAACGACUUCAUCUACCAUCAGCCCGUUCCCAACGAAGCUGGCCUGUCCGCUGUUGCCAAGCUGCCGGCAGCCAAGGCCAUCCCCGUGAGUGAACUUUACCAGGGACAAGACAUUCAACGUAUCAUCGGACCAGACAUAUUCCAGAAGCUCGUCCCCAUGUCAGUGACGGAGACGGCCAGUCUCUAUGAUGAAGAAAAGGCCAAGUUGAUACGUGCGGAAACGGAAAAGGUCGAGACAGCGGACAGCGAGAUGGCUGCCAGUCUGGACUACUUAAAGCUCCCAGGAAGCCUCAAUAUCCUCAAAGGGGGCAUGGACCAAGAAAUGACGGUCGACGACGAGUUCCGACAAUGGUGCCAGGAACUAGCGGGCCAUCAAUCGUUCACUAAGGCCUUUGACACCCUUCAGGACCGAAAGGCCGAGAUACUCUCACAGUUAGACCAAUGCUCAAAACAACUCGACCUAGAGGAGAGCGUAUGUGAAAAAAUGCGAUCGAAGUACGGGGCAGACUGGAGCCAGCAGCCCAGUGCCAGGCUCAAUACUACACUACGCAGUGACAUUCGGACGUAUCGGGACACCAUCAACGAGGCCAGUGCCAGCGACUCGCAGCUUCUAGCCACCCUCAGACAGUACGAGACGGAUUUCGACGAAAUGCGCUCUGCUGGCGAAACAAACGAGGCUGAUGUGUUGUUUCAGCGCGCAAUGAUCAGAGCCGGAUCGAAGAACGGAAAAGGCAAGAAUGGAGUCGGCAGUCCCUAUGCAUCGACUCAGGAGGGGAGCCUGCUAGAUGACGUUUACGAUGAGGGAAGCCUUUCGGUGGCAGAACAAAUCGCCAGGGUGGAAUCCAUUCUGAAGAAGCUGAAUCUAGUGAAGCGGGAACGGUCUCAAGUGUUGAAAGACUUGAAAGAAAAGGUUCAUAAUGACGAUAUUUCCAACGUCUUGAUCUUGAACAAAAAGUCAAUUGCCGGACAAGAAAGUCAGCUUUUUGAGACCGAGUUGGAGAAGUUUCGUCCACACCAGAACCGAUUGCUCCAAGCCAAUCACAAACAGGCCGCAUUAAUGAAGGAACUCACCAAGGUUUACGGGGACUUGCUUCAGGAUAAGCGCGUACGGUCUGAACAAUCGAAAUAUGAAACCAUCACCCGCCAACGGAACACCGUGAUGGCCCGGUACAAGAAGAUAUACGAUGCCUUCAAUGGUCUGCUCUCCGGAAUCGUGCAAGCGCAGACCUUCUACACGGAAAUGGGUGAAACAGUGGAGAGUCUGAAGAAGAAUGUCGAAACCUUUAUCAACAACCGACGGUCCGAAGGAGCUCAACUCCUCGGGCAGAUCGAACGGGAGAAGGCGAGCACUGCAACGGAUCAGGAGGACAGGGAACGAGAGAAGCUGCGGCAGCUCAUGGAGCGCCUGUCGACUGAGCCAAAACCUACAUCUACUCCCUCACCAUCGACGGCCCCUUCAAAGGCCAAAUCCCCUCCACCACCUGUAAAGGCACCCGGGUACCCGGGUCCGGGCAUUGCCUCUCCUCAGAUGUCACCACACUUUGCGCCUGGUGUUGCUGGCCAACAGCAUGGCAUUCCUCUCUCCCAUUCCCCCGCACCUUAUGGCGGCGUCUCUUACAUGCAGGGGCAGCCGUUUCAACAGGGCGCUGCGGCACCGUUGUCAGAGGGCUACAACCCGAUGGCAUAUCCAGUGCCCGCUUCGAUCUCCCCUCCCCCUAGUCAGCAAUACUAUUCGUCCACGCCCGCUCCCUACAGCGGAUACUCGAAUCCAGCACCGCCAACCGCUCCGUCACAGUUCAUGCCACAGGGCUACGUACCCCCUCCACCGCCGCCGCGGCCGCAGCAACCAUCCUACCCACCCUCUACAGGCCCAUACCCGUCCGGUCCAGGGGGAUACGCACAAAGCAGGCCAUACGGGACGAGCCAGCACCACAAGGCGCCGUCGCAGUCUCAGUCAUCCUCCUCAACCGACCCAUGGGCGGGCCUCAACGCGUGGAAGUGA